AUGGCUGAUGUUUCUUCGGCCUCGGCGCAGCCUUCGGGCUACGACGAGAAGCGGGAUGUGAAGCCCAUCAAUCCCCCCCACCCCGGUGCCGACGACGACGAGGAUGAGGAUAUCGAUGCUCUGAUCGACGAGCUCGAGUCUCAGGACGGACACGAUCUUGAGGAGGAGGGUGAGGAGGAUGGCCACGGCAACGUCCGCCAGGUCCCCGAAGAGAUGCUUCAGACCUCCACCGUUACCGGUCUCACCAACGAAGAGGUUCUUGCCCGCCGACGAAAGUACGGUCUCAACGCCAUGAAGGAGGAGCGUGAAAACCUUGUUCUCAAGUUCCUCAGCUACUUCGUCGGCCCCGUCCAAUUCGUCAUGGAGGCUGCCGCCGUUCUUGCCGCCGGUCUUCAGGACUGGGUCGAUUUUGGUGUCAUUUGCGGUCUUCUCCUGCUCAACGCCGCUGUUGGUUUCGUCCAGGAAUUCCAGGCUGGUUCUAUUGUCGAGGAACUCAAGAAGACUCUUGCCUUGAAGGCUGUUGUUCUCCGUGACGGUACCCUCAAGGAAGUCGAGGCUCCCGAGGUUGUUCCCGGUGAUAUUCUCCAGGUUGAAGAGGGUACUAUUAUCCCCGCUGAUGGUCGCAUCGUCACCCAGGAGGCCUUCCUCCAGGUUGAUCAGUCCGCCAUUACUGGUGAAUCUCUCGCCGUCGACAAGCACAAUGGUGACUCCUGCUAUGCUUCUUCCGCCGUCAAGCGUGGUGAGGCCUUCAUCGUCGUUACCGCCACUGGUGACAGCACUUUCGUUGGUCGCGCCGCCGCCCUUGUCUCUCGCGCUUCUGCCGGUACUGGUCACUUCACUGAGGUUCUCAACGGCAUUGGUACCGUGCUCCUCAUUCUUGUCAUCUUGACCAACUUGAUGGUCUGGGUUGCCUCGUUCUACCGAUCCGUCGGCAUUGUCCCCAUUCUUGAGUUCACCCUUGCCAUCACUAUCAUUGGUGUCCCCGUCGGUCUUCCCGCCGUCGUUACCACCACCAUGGCUGUCGGUGCUGCCUAUCUCGCCAAGAAGAAGGCUAUCGUCCAGAAGCUCUCUGCCAUUGAGUCGCUUGCCGGUGUCGAGAUUCUCUGCUCUGACAAGACUGGUACCCUCACCAAGAACAAGCUUUCGCUCUCGGAGCCCUACACCGUCGCCGGUGUUGACCCCGAUGACCUCAUGUUGACUGCCUGCUUGGCCGCUUCCCGCAAGAAGAAGGGUAUUGACGCCAUCGACAAGGCUUUCCUCAAGUCCCUCCGCUACUACCCCCGUGCCAAGAGCGUUCUCAGCAAGUACAAGGUGCUUGAGUUCCACCCCUUCGAUCCCGUCUCCAAGAAGGUUACCGCCGUUGUCGAGUCUCCUCAGGGCGAGCGCAUCACCUGUGUCAAGGGUGCCCCCCUCUUCGUUCUUUCCACGGUCGAGAAGGACCACCCCAUCCCCGAGGAGGUCGACCAGGCCUACAAGAACAAGGUCGCCGAGUUCGCCACCCGUGGUUUCCGUUCUCUUGGUGUCGCCCGCAAGCGAGGUGAGGGCUCUUGGGAGAUUCUCGGCAUUAUGCCCUGCUCUGACCCCCCUCGUCACGAUACCGCCCGCACCAUUAACGAAGCCAAGCGCCUUGGUCUCUCCAUCAAGAUGUUGACUGGUGAUGCCGUCGGUAUUGCCCGUGAAACCUCUCGCCAGCUCGGUCUCGGCACCAACGUCUACAAUGCUGAGCGUCUCGGUCUCGGUGGUGGUGGUGACAUGCCCGGUUCUGAGGUCUACGAUUUCGUCGAGGCUGCCGAUGGUUUCGCCGAGGUCUUCCCCCAGCACAAGUACAAUGUCGUCGAGAUUCUUCAGCAGCGUGGUUACCUCGUUGCCAUGACUGGUGACGGUGUCAACGAUGCUCCCUCUCUCAAGAAGGCCGAUACUGGUAUUGCUGUCGAGGGUGCCUCUGACGCUGCCCGAUCUGCUGCCGAUAUUGUGUUCCUUGCCCCCGGUCUCGGUGCCAUUAUCGACGCUCUCAAGACUUCUCGCCAGAUUUUCCACCGUAUGUACGCUUACGUCGUUUACCGUAUCGCCUUGUCCAUCCAUCUUGAGAUCUUCCUUGGCCUCUGGAUCGUCAUCUUGAACAGGUCGCUCAACAUUAACCUUGUUGUCUUCAUCGCCAUUUUCGCCGAUAUUGCCACCCUGGCCAUCGCCUACGACAACGCUCCCUACUCGUCGACUCCCGUCAAGUGGAACCUUCCCAAGCUCUGGGGUAUGUCCGUCCUUCUCGGUGUUGUCCUCGCCGUCGGUACCUGGAUUGUCCUUACCACCAUGUACGCUGCCGGCACUCCCAACGGUGGUAUCGUCCAGAACUUCGGUAACAUGGAUGCCGUUCUCUUCCUCGAGAUCUCCCUCACUGAGAACUGGCUCAUUUUCAUCACCCGUGCCAACGGUCCCUUCUGGUCGUCCCUCCCCUCUUGGCAGCUCACCGGUGCCAUUCUCGUUGUCGACAUCAUCGCCACCUGCUUCACCAUCUGGGGUUGGUUCGAGCACAGCGACACCUCCAUUGUCGCCGUUGUCCGUAUCUGGAUCUACUCGGCCGGUGUCUUCUGUGUCAUGGGUGGUGUCUACUACCUCCUCCAGGGCAGCCAGGGCUUCGACAACCUCAUGCACGGCAAGUCUAUCAAGGGCAGCCAAAAGCAGCGAUCCCUUGAGGACUUUGUUGUCUCCCUCCAGCGCGUCUCGACCCAGCACGAGAAGUCCGCCUAA